UCAAUAAUUCUAAAUACAGAAACUGUUGAUGGAAGUGAUGAGGAAGGCGAGGGUGAGUAUUAUGAAGCCAAAGCAUCUAAGAAAAGGGAAAAGAAGCGUCAGGAGCGGGAAGCACAACGACAAGCUGAACAAGCUGCACGUGAAUCAAGGAAUACAAAACAAGACCGCUAUGCUGAAAUGCGGAGGAGGAAAGAUGAGGAGCGUGAGGCACAGGAGCGUCAGCUGGAGGAAGAAGCCAAGGCUCAGAAGGCGAGGGAGGAGGAAGCUGCUGCCUUAGAGUUUGAGAAGUGGAAAGGAGAGUUUUCUAUAGAUGCUGAAGGUACUACAGAAAAUGAAGUGCAGGAUGGACAUCAGGAUUUGCUCUCUGAUUUUGUGGAAUACAUAAAGAAACAUAAAUGUGUACCCUUGGAAGAUCUUGCUGCUGAAUUCAAGUUAAGAACUCAGGAAUGCAUCAAUCGGAUUACCUCUCUGGAGAGUAUGGGGCGACUUUCCGGUGUCAUGGAUGACAGAGGGAAAUACAUAUACAUCUCCCAAGAAGAGAUGCAAGCUGUGGCAGACUAUAUUAAGCGUCAGGGAAGGGUUAGCAUUUCACAUCUCGCUAGCAAGUCCAACCAGUUCAUAGACUUGGAGCCAAAAGCACAGUUUGUCGAAGAAAUAAGUAGUGCGGCAGAGAUAACUGUCACUUGAUUUAGUUAAUGUACUUUGUACGUGUAAAGGACAAUUACGACAGUGUAAUGAUAAUUGUGGCAAGCUGAAUUAACUGGAUAUGUAACUAAAAGAAAGGUGUAGGAGGUAGGGAUUCGGUUUUAAGCAGUGUUUUACGUGACCGCGAAUAUAAGAAGAAAGCUAUUCUGAGAAAU